AUGGCGACUACAUCUGAUGCACAGCUGGCAAAGCCUACGGGCGAGUACCGCCAGUAUCUGCCUGAUUUGAACCUGCCGCGCUUCCAGGUGAUGUGCACGCAGGAUGCUCACGAGUAUGCGCAUGCCUUUAAGACGGGGAAGCAGCCCCCAUGGUUGCAUGCGCUGUACAUGCAUUGGUUGGAUCUGUUGCAGGAGCCCUUCAAGGGUGUCACCACCGACGGCAACGUCCGUCCCGAUCUGUUCACACUACAAGAUGAGGAUGUCCCCAUCCAACAGAUCGUCGACGCAACACAAUCUCUCCUGUCUCUCCUCGACGACAAACAAAAGGAAGCCGUCUGCUACCACAUCGACUCCCCGCAAUGGCGCACCUGGUCGAACCCAGAGUUCCUCCUCUCCCACAAGGGCGUCCGCCUCGACGAGGUGACCCCGACCAUCCGCGACGCAGUCAUGAACAUCCUGCAAACCACCCUCUCCCCAGAAGGUUACGACAAGGCCGUCAAAGCCAUGCGCAUCAACCACUUCCUCGGCGAACUCGUCAAAUCCCCGCGCGUCAUGAACGAAUUCUCCUACAACUUCGCCCUCUUCGGUCGUCCCUCCACCACCCGGCCCUGGGGCUGGUCCUUCUACGGCCACCACCUCUGUCUGAAUAUCUUCCUGUACAAGGGUCAGAUUAUCGCCUCGCCCUGGUUCACCGGCGCAGAGCCUAAUGAGAUUGACGCCGGCCCGUACGCGGGUACCCGCAUUAUGCAGGUUGAGGAGAAACUAGGUCUGCAAUUGAUGCAGUCCCUCUCUGCCGAGUUGCAGUCUCGCGCUCGUGUCUUUGCCCAGAUGAAGGAUCCCGCUAUGCCUACCGGUCGCUGGAACAAGGAUGACCAGCGCCACGUGUGCGGCGCAUACCGUGAUAACCGUGAAGUGCCGUACGAGGGUAUCCUCGCGUCUACCUUCAGCGCAGAGCAAAAGGAUCUUAUGUAUGGGAUCCUGGAGCAGUACCUACUGUAUCUGCCCGCCAAGGCCCGGGCAAUGAAGAUCGAGCAGGUGCGUCGGUUCGAGGACGAGACGUACUUCUGCUGGAUCGGUGGGUAUGGAGAUGAAGAUGCGUUUUAUUAUCGGAUUCAGAGCCCCGUGAUUCUGGUCGAGUUUGAUCAUCACUCGGGCGUUUUCUUGAAUAAUGAGGAGCCUAAGAAGUUCCAUAUUCAUACUUUGCUGCGCACUCCCAACGCAGGUGAUUACGGACAUGCUUUGCGUGCUCAGAUUCCCGCUGUGGAGGGGUUGAACGCGAAGGAAAUUGUUUGGUAG